UGGCGAGAUUCACUGCGAGUUCCCUCACUGUUUUAAAGUCGCUUCGACUUUAGCGCGCAUACAUACAUUCUCUACUCUCUCUUUCUUCCAUAAAUUCAAUACGUCAGAAACCUUGAAUCCUGUAUUGUCAAACUAACGAGUGUCAAUAACGAGUCACGCUCUAAGAGCAACUCUAUAUGUAUAAAGGCAAUGUAGACAUUCGUACAGAUGCGUGCCCCAAUAUUCGAUAACACAGACGUUUCGCGGAGGCUGACAACGUGAUGUCACUGGAGCCCAGUUGGUCCUACAUUUCGGAUGCGAUGGGGGAUCUGAGCGCCGUGCCGCAAGAGAAGACCGUAGAUUAUCUCCUGGAGCGUUUGGAACGCGGUCAGAUUUACACGUGGCUCGGCACUUUUCUCCUGGCGGUCAAUCCCCACGGCGAGUUCUCCAUCGAGAACCUUUACGAUUUGUCGCGAGCUCAUGAAUACGGCAAUGCAUGUGAUGUGACCCUCAAGGAAGUGCCGCCCCACAUAUUCGCCGUGGCUGCCCGAGCGCACUACAGGAUUGUUCAGGGUCUCGGAAAACCUAGUCAGGUGAUACUCUUCAGUGGAGAGACCGGAACGGGGAAGACCUUCAACGCCUGGAAGGCUCUGGAGUUCCUGACCAGAAGCGUGUCCCGCGACACCCUUGAGAGGCGAGGCGAGGUCUGCAAUUUCCUGCCGAGGAUCUCGAACGCCUGCCGUCUAAUAUCAGCCUUCACAACCGCGACCACCGUGAGGAACCAAGUCACCUCGAGGCACGUGCAACUCGUGUGGCUCGAGUACAAAAUGGGCGGCAUUUGCGGCGCGACGAUAUCCUCCUACCUCCUGGAAAGGGACAGAGUGACGAGGGGUGGCUGCAAUUUUCAGAUCUUCGCUCAGAUGAUGACCGCGGCAGCGAGCGAGGAGUUCGCGGACUUGAUGUUGUCGACGGACAGGCGAUACGCGAUGCUGAGCGACCUGGAUCCGCGAACAGUGCAGGAGUCACGCGCCGAUUUCCAUGAGACGACGACGACGAUGGAUAUGCUUGGUUUUACAGAGGUUCAGAAGAAGGACAUCUUUCUCAUUCUCUCCCUGCUCCUUCACAUGGGUGACAUACAGUUCGUGCAGGAGGACGAUCAUUGCAGCAUCGACACCGACGAUCAACAAUCUAGAGAGGCCCUGGAGAACACGUGCCGGCUGGCCUGCGUCGACGAAGAGGACGUCGCCGAGCUGCUCACGUCCACGCUGAUAAAUCCUCAAAGCACCCGGCGCCGACACUCCGCGUGCCGACGUAAUCUCAAGACGUCGGACGCCUGUCGCUACCGAUUGCACAGCAUCAUCCGCCACCUGUACGACCUUCUCUUCUGCUGGCUGAUCAACUUCGUGAACGAGAUCUUGUCCGCCCGCCUGUACAGCGAACGAUUGGGAAUGAUGGACAUCUUCGGAUUCGAGUGCUUCAAUUCAAACGGCAUCGAGCAACUCUGCAUUAAUUACGUCAACGAGAGAUUGCAGCAGUACUUCGUGAAAAAGUAUCUGGUGUCCUACCGGGACGAGCUGCAAAAGGAGGGCCUCAUCGACGACGAGGAAUCGCUAGAAAUCGCGCAGAGAUUGUACGCAGAUCGCAUAAGAACGCUCGAGAACUAUUUGUUCACUACACUCAAUGAUACAUGUCUAUCGACAGUUCCGAACAACUUGUUCACGUUAAUAAAACUAGUGUCCGCCAAGAGUUGUUCCGCAACGAGGCGAGUUUUGCACGUGAGGGAUGAAAAUUUCGUUGUGCGGCAUUUCAACGGGACCGUGAAAUACUCCAUCCGCGAUCUGCUCUCCAAGAAUACCGACAAGAUUCCGGACGAGCUAACCGUCACGUUCAGCGUGAGCAAGAACAAAUUUCUGUACACCUUAAUCAACAUGCGUAAACCGUAUCACGACGGAAGGGCGAAGAAGCCUACGAUGCUCGCCAAACUGCGAUGUAACGUGGAUCUGCUGAUAGAAGAGUUGGACAAAUGUGACACGCAUUACGUUCGCUGCAUCAAGCCACAGCGGCUUAACGGCAAGUGGGACCGAGACGGGCUUCACAAGCAGUUGGCUAACACGGGUGUUCUUGAGGCUUUACCCCUGGCCAGGAGCAAAUAUCCGAUCCACUUUGUCUACAGGGAUUUCUUCAAACGCUACAGCAGGAGGAGAAUUUGCUCCUCCACGGAGACCUGCGAUUUACGCACCGCUUGCAAGACUAUGCUGGAGUCGUUGCGCAUAACAAUGGACGCCGAUAACUCGGUCCAUUGCGGCAAACGUUUGAUUUUCCUGAGAGAAUCCAUGUUUCUGCGACUGGAGUCUGCUAGGAGACGAUACCACGCCGAAUGUGUCAAAAAGAUAGAAUUCUUUUGGCUAAAGUACAGGAAAUAUGUACAACAAAGUAUAAAGGAGAAUGUACCUGAUGAUAUUCCUGCGAUCGGACCAGUUAACACCAAUAUCCGAAACGAGUUGAUUAAGAAAUCCCAAUCGGAACAUGUCGUGCCUAUGUCAGGAACAAACGCCUCUGUGGAAAAACGUCAGCCGCAAGAUACAAAAGACAAUAUGGCCAAUAAUGCUGAAACGAUCGGUACAGUCAGCACUCGAUCCGAGCAGUCCCCGUUGGAAAGAUCCCUGUUGGAAUAUGAGAACAUUCUACCAAUAGAUUCAACACAAGACUAUGUACGUGGCGCGUCUAAAAGACGUGUAAAUCUGCUGACGAAACUAAUAAAAAAAUCCGCGUAUAUAUUGCAUUGGUUGGAUGGCAUAAGUGCAGCGACAAAUACGGAAAAUAUUAAACCCUCAUUACUUGAGCAGCUGCGAGAGAGUCAUAAUUACAACCAAUCAGAUGAUGCCAGUUGCAGUAAGGAAACUCAAUCACAAGAUGCACCGCACAAGUCCUCAAAUAAUAACAAGCUUCGUAAACGCAAUAGUGAGAUGACUGCUGAUCGUUAUGACGAGGCGGAAGAUAUGUACGUCAUACAAUACGAGACUUUCACGCUAUUUUACAAAAGUGGGGUUUUGAGCCGACGUCGUCCGGCAAAGCUACCAAUUGGAAUAUCUAUUCGUCGCAGAAGCGAAAGAAAUUCGCAUUACAUGAUACAUCCGGAGCUGCCACAGGGUAUACAGGAUUGUCUCUAAAAUAGAAGACUUGCACAAAUGU